AUGCGCAAAGAUAAACCAGAAUAUGUAAUGGGGAUUGGUUAUCCACUUGAAAUUGUAGUACGCAGGGCUUCGGGUGCAGAUCUGUAUGACUAUGUCUAUCCAACACGCACUGCUCUCUUUGGGUCUGCACUUGUAGGAAAAUCUGUUCCCGACGGUUCAAUGCAAUUCAAGCUAGAGAACCGUGUUCUGAAGCUGAAACAAAAUGCAAUGGUAAUUGAUGAACGGCCCAUUGAUACUUCCUGUCCAUAUAUGGGACAAAUGGAAAAAGUAGCAAGUCCACAAGUUGAUGUAAGAUGUUCAAGUGACCGCUUUUGUUUAACAUGGUUGGCACAUUCUGUUCAUAUGGAAGGUGAUGUGAGCUUGGUGGUCAAAGACUUGGUCUCUUCCGUAAUAUUUUGUAGUACUCGAGUGAUCAAACAAUUGGUCUCUUAG